AUGGGAUUUUUCCUGCUGGAAGUGAAGGGUCCCAAAGAGCAGGAUCUUCCCAAGGUCAGAAAUCCGUAUCCAAGGAAAUCCAGAAUUCCUUGGGAUUGGGAGUCCCUAUCCAAGGAAAUCAAGAACUUUUUGGGAUUGGAAAUUCCUGUCAAAGGAGAGCAGGAACUUCCAAAGGUCAGAAAUCCCUAUCCGAGGAAAUCAGGAACUUUUUGGGAUUGGAAAUCCCUCUCCAGGAAAAGUGGAAGCUUCCCAAGGUCAGAAAUCCAUAUCCAAGGAAAUCAGGAAAUUUUUGGGAUUAAAAAUUCCUGUCCAAGAAGAGCAGGAACUUCCCAAGGUCAGAAACCCUAUCCAGGGAAACCAGGAAUUCCCUGGAAUUGGAAAUCCCUAUCUAGGGAAUGCAGGAGGUUCCAAAGGUCAGAAACCCUAUCCAGGGAAUUCAGGAACUUUUUGGGAUUGGGAAUCCCUGUCCAGGGAAAUCAGGAACAUUUUGGGACUGGGAAUCCCUAUCAGAGAUAUCAGGAAGUUUUUUGGAAUUGGAAAUCCUUCUUCAGGAAAAGUGAAAGCUUCCCAAGGUCAGAAAUCCCUAUCCAGGGAAUUCAGGAACUUUUUGGGAUUGGGAAUCCCUAUCUAGGGAAAGUGGGAGCUUCCCAAGGUCAGAAAUCUGGAUUGAAGGAAAUCCGGAGUUCCUUGGGAUUGGGAAUCCGUGUCCAGGGAAAUCAGGGAUGUUUUGGGAUUGGGAAUGUCUAUCCAGAGAUAUCAGGACCGUUUUGGGAUUGGAAAUCCCUACAGAGGAAAAACGGGACCUGCUUGGGGUUGGGAAUCCCAAACCAGAGGAGCUUUCCAGGCUCCCUUUUCCAGGGAAAUGGGAUCUGCCAGGCUGGGAAUCCCGGGAAAGCAGCACCAUCAGCCCCAUUCCUGCUGCUCAUCCAUGAAAAUUCCCAUUCCAAGCAGCGGGAACGGGGCUGAGCUCAUGGAAUUCCCACCCUGCAAACCCCAUUUGGGGCCGUUUUUUGGCCGGGCAGGACGGGAUCCAUCCCCUGGAGCAAUCCCACAUUCUCCCCUCCUCUUUUUCCCAGUUUUCCUUGGAUUUCUCCCCCAGUUCCCUCCUUUCCCCGCCCCACCAAGGCUGUAAAUUUCGGACGAGGCGUUAUCCCAAAUAAACUUUUUUUGGAAGGGA